UUACCACCCUAGAACCAUCUAGUGAUGGACGGGAAAGCGUCCUAAUUAUGACUGAUGUAUUUUCUAAAUACACAUUGGCUGUGCCAACUAGGGACCAGAGGGCGACCACCGUAGCCAAUGUCCUGGUCCAGGAGUGGUUUUAUAAGUUGGGUGUGCCAGCCAGACUUCACUCUGAUCAGGGUCGAAACUUUGAGAGUGCAGUGAUUGCCCAAUUGUGUCAUCUUUAUGGGAUUCAGAAAACUCACACAACUCCAUACCAUCCUCAGGGUAAUGGACAGUGUGAACGGUUCAAUCGAACUCUGCACGAUCUCCUUCGUUCCCUUCCACCUGAACAGAAACGCUCCUGGACUCGGUACUUGGCACAGGUGGUCUUUACGUAUAACACCACUUGCCAUCAGACUACUGGUGAGUCUCCUCACUUUUUGAUGUUUGGGCAAACUCCACGGCUGCCGGUGGAUUUUCUGCUAGCAGGAGUAGAGGAUCCAGUUGGGGGUAGUGUGGAAGAAUGGGUGGCUAGGCAUCAGGAGGGACUAAGAGUAACAUAUGGACGGGUAAAAGCCCGUCUUGAAGCCGCUGCAGAACAUAGAAAAAACUUGUAUGAUCAGACAGUAAGGGGUCAACCACUAAUCGUGGGCCAGUUAGUACACUUGCGAGAGUGUGGAGUUCGGGGCCGUAACAAGAUUCAGAAUUUGUGGUCAACUGUUCUGUAUCAAAUAGUAAGAGCUCCGCAGGAAGGUGGUCAGGUGUAUAGUAUAUCUUCAUUGAAUGAGCCCACUCGGGUAAAACACGUGCAUAGGUCCCUGUUGAAGCUGGCUCCCGAAACUGUACAACAGGCUUAUCAUGUUGAUUUAGGUUUACAGGGACAAGAUUGUCAGGAAUGGUUGCAUGAGGGGGACUCUGUGAUGGUGGUUAUCGAACCUUUACCGCCUGCCGCUGUGGAGGUUGUUCCAAAUGUGACAUCUGAAGGGACCCUCCCCUUAGUUUCUGGUCUAAAUUCGCUGUCUAGUGAGGUCUCUACUAUGGGGGCACAGGGCGUACGGAGAUCGACUAGGACAACGGCUGGGAAACAUUCUAAUCGUUAUCAUUUGCCCAGGACUGUAAUUGGUGAUGUAUCCGCUAGCGUUUCAUUGCCCGCUGAGAACUCCCUCCCGGGACCGGGAAGGGACUGUCAUUUCCGCCCUUGGCUGUAGAAGGUUGAAUCAUUGGGACAAUGAUUGAAAAUCCCGGGGUAGAUUGUAGUGGGAUUGCCCCUUUAACAAUAGUUGGCGUAGCCCUUUAAAAGAGCGGACAGAUUGCACCAGGUGCGUGGUUGCGUACGUCAGGCAAUCACGUAGCUAUAUAGGCACAGGUGAUUUCGCUUUCUUCGUGCCAUUGUACUGAUGUGACCUGUGGCUGUAUAUCGGCAUAGGUGAUUUCGCUUUCUUCGUGCCAUUUGUACUGAUGUGACCUGUUGCUGUAGGUCUUGUAUCUCCUUCACUCCUCGGUAAAGAUAAGUCCGGUAUAUCCAGGCAUCCGUUGUGAGUAUGUAAGUGUUAUACACGCAAAAGAGUGCCAGUUGCUGCUUUGCUGCGGUUAAAUCGGCGUUCCCGUCUGAGAAGCGGGUUUGCAGUGCACGCUCGUGGUUGUAUCGAGCGCUCGCAAGUUCAUUGAACAUUCUUAAUGCCUGUACGAGGCCCAUUGGAGCCGCUCUAAACCCGUAACUUGAUUUUGGGAUUUCAUGGGGUUCGCCACCUCGCUGGCGCAAUUUUAUGGAUGGUUUAUAAACUUAGUUAUUUAGAAAUCUGGGGUAUUGUAUCUGGGUUGCUUCCUGCAUAUUGACACCGCUCACUUACGGGGCAGAUUAAUAGUGACGCAAUCCUUUUUGAUUUUCAUUUAUUGCCGAUAUUUUGUUGGGUAUGUGUGUUUAACUGAAAUUGUGUGGUUGUUUGGUUGUUUCUUUAUUUUAUUUUCGUUUUUUUUUAAAUUAUCAGCUAUUAUCAUUUAGAUUUGUUUAUUAAUUGAUUUAGUCAUUUCAGUUAUUUUGGGGUUUGUUAUUUCUUUUUGUCUUCUGUAUGGAUACUGCUAACGGAGCAGAUCAAGUGUAGUCUUUUGACCUGUGUUUAUUUGCUCAUUGUAUUUGUUCUGUGGGUAUACUGAAGUUAACGUAAGAUUGUGUUUUUCUUUUACUGACAUUAUCUGGUAUUAUGAUUUAGACCUGUCUAUUUAUUGAUUUAUUUCGGUUAUUUUGGAUUUUGGGGUUUGUGAUAUUUCUUGUUUUUUUUGUAUUAAUGCUGCUCAUUUACGGAGCAAAUUGAUUGUGUUAUCUUUUGGUUUGUGUGUAUUUGUUGGUUGUAUGUGUGUGGUGUGUGUGUGAGUUGUAUUGAAAUUUUGUCUUUGGUUGCUUUAUUUUUUUCAUUAUUAGUACAAGUAUAAUAGUUUUACUAGGCUUUGUUUUUUUGAAUUGAUUUAGUAUUUUGGUUUUGUUAUUCGAGUGGUAUUAUUUCUUUGAUCUGCUUUACAUUAAAACUGCUCAAGAAUGUAGUGUAGUUAUUGUGGGGAUUGUGUUUUCUUAUUUAAUUUGUCUUAUUUUGACUUAUUUGGUUUGUGUUGGGUGGAUUUACAUAAUUUUGUUCUUUAUUUGGUUUGAAGUGUGUGUUUAUUAUUUGAGCAGUAAAUUGUUUAUUGCAAUCAGAGAAAAUAAACUAACUUGAUUAGUUUUUGUUUUUUUUAUUUUCCUCUUCUUGUAUUUUUUGAAUUUGUUUGUGUUGGUCAGUGUAUGGUGGAUGGCCCAUGUAAGCCAACCACAACAAAGCCUAUUUUGUUGACCUGUUUCCAUUGGUCAAAAGGGUCUUUUAAAUUUUACUGUCUCGCUCAAUGUGGUUUUAGUAAUUUAAUUGAUUAAUAAAUUUGUUAUCUGUGACUUUGUCUCUGCUUGUCCUUUUCAUUUG